AUGGCUAAGUUACAAGGUGACUGCAGAGCAUGGAGGAGGUCAUUUGAGAUACAACUCUCAUCCAAAAGAAAGUUUGGAUUUGUCAAUGGCACUGUGACACGGAGCAACGAGGAUGAAGUCAAUGCAACUCAGUGGGAUACCUGCAAUGAUUUGGUAACUUGCUGGCUUCAAACUAAUGUUUCUGAAUCUAUCAAAAACUCUAUUUUGUUUAUUAAAAAUGUACAUGAAGCGUUUAUGCUUUCUAAUGGUUCUAGAAAAUAUAAGCUAAACAAAGAUUUGUUUAAUCUGAAGCACAAUGGUAGAAAACUAGAUGAAUAUUACACUGUGAUGAGUAGCCUAUGGGAUGAAAUUGAAUCAAUGAACAUGCUUCCUAUGCUCACAACUGUUGCACAAGAUGUCUUAGCUGUAAUGAAAGCUAUUGAAACUCAAAAAGAAGAAGCAAAAUUGUUUCAGUUCUUAAAUGAUCUUGAUGACAUCUACAAUCCACAAAGAAGUCAGUUACUAAUGCAUUCACCCUUACCAUCUGUUGAGUCUGCAUGUGCUGUGAUACAACAAGAAGAAACUCAAAGAGAUGUGCUUGUUCACAAUGGUGGUCUUGAUGGUGACACCUCUGCCAUGUACAGCCAAGGGUGGAGUGAACAUAGAGAGAAUAGGUACAUGCACUGCUUGUGGGAUCAAAGGGAACAACAGUGA